GUUGACAUAUUUACAACAAAACGCCAAAUGGUUGUAUCUCAUAAAUCAAGAUGAUAAUCUCAAGUAGCCACAAAGUUGAGAAAGCAAAUUUGCUUACAACACAGGUGGGUUAGUGAAUUCAACUUUUGGGGCCGCUUUCUUGCAAUUUAAAAGGAACACAUCUCUGCUCAACGUUCCCCUCCAUUCAUUCAAGACGUGUCUUGAAGGUAAAACCACUACUUGCUUCCUUCUCCACAUUGCAAACCUCCAAGCCCCUCCCUUCAGACAUGCAACAAAAUUGUGUAUCCAAUUUAGCAUACCUCCCUGGCUUAGACUUCACCAGCUUUUUCCUGCCACAAAAUGAUCCCCACAUGUAUGAUUUCGAUUCACUGGAUAUGGUUAGUCCAUACAACUGCAAUGGCAGUACCACCACCGUCAGCUCAAUGUCUGCUGGGACGGCGGACAAUCAAGCGAGGUGUAGCAAUGACGAGAGGAAGAAGAGAAGGCUAGCAUCAAACCGUGAGUCUGCAAGAAGGUCACGCGUGAGGAAGCAGAGGCGAUUGGAGGAACUGUCAUCACAGGUCGCAGAGCUCCUUGACACAAACCAGAGGCUUCUUAUUGAGCUCAACCACAUGAUCGUUAAGCACACUUGCACAGUUCGUGAGAAUGCCGAGCUCAGAGAAGAAGCUUCUGACCUGAAGAAAAGGCUCAAUGAGAUGAAAGUGGAAGAAGCUGAAGCUGCACCAGGGACACCAGAAGUGGCUUAGUCUGGAAAAAUUGCACCAUAUCGUGGCUAGUAGCCUUGUAGUACUGUUGUGUAGAUAGAUACUAAUUGGGUGGUCCAUUUGUGCAAAGGGAGCAUAAGUGCGCAGGAGAUUACUUGCUUUAUUUGUGUUCUUUCGUGGAACCUUUUCUUCAACUAAUAUGAAUCGGUACAAGCUCUAGCUGAAACAUAGCAAAGCAUUUUCCCCCCUUUGAUAGCAAAUCUGAAGAUUCCGAGCAUUUC